CGCCGUCUCAUUCCACUAACUUCAAAAGCACCUUCAUCGGAAAGAAAGCGCGAUGAGUGUAAAAGCCUAUCGAGUGUAAAUAUCGAGCAACUCUCGCUCUCUCUCUAGGGUUUUGGAACCUGUCGCGAAAAUUGAAUAUGCAACUGACUCUCGAAUUCGGUGGAGGAUUAGAGCUCCUCUGUGACUCUGUGAAGAUCCACAAUGUCAAUGUUGAUCCACAAAAUGGUACAGAGAAGUUAAUCAUGAAAGAUUUGCUCAGUUGGGUCCGUACCAAUUUGAUCAAGGAGAGGCCUGAAAUGUUCAUGAAAGAAGAUUCUGUGAGACCUGGUGUUCUGGUCCUUGUGAAUGAUUGUGAUUGGGAGCUAAGUGGACAGCUCGAUACUACCCUAGAAGAGAAGGAUGUGGUGGUUUUCAUUUCAACCUUGCAUGGUGGAUAGCUAGAUGAUCGUGUUGUGUACUCAAUAUGAUAAUACAAUGUCAUGGUCUCAGCAACGUAUUUACCUCUCUGUACUUUUCUUCUAGACAUCAUUGAAGCAUAUACAAGAAAGUGAUGAAAGUUUUUGCCGUUUUCUCAUCUGUGAUGAACUUCAACUUUUGACCAUCUAGUAUUUACGACAUUUUCCAGAUGAA